GAAUUGAAUACAGACGUGUGUUAACUAAUAACAUGAAGACUGGUGUAACAUGUUCUGUUAUUUGGUUGUUUACUCUGUUUUGCUAUAUAGAGGCAUCAUUCCGUUGUGACUACGAGUACAGCACUGAAGCAAAAGGUUGGUUCAAACAUGUCAAGAUACCAGCUACUUGGGCUGACGCACGGCUGCACUGCACACUGGAAGGUGCAACACUGGCUUCACCACUCAACUCAGAAAUCAGUACCGAGAUGCAGUUCAUCUUGAAGAAUCUCUCCAGGUCGCAAUCAGAAAUCUUUACUGGAAUUCACGCAACUUUUUCACAAAGCAACUUGUAUUAUACUAUCGAAGGUGUACCUCUUAGUGAAAUCCCAUUAGUUUGGGCAGAGAAUGAGCCAAAUAAUGCUGGGAAUAAUGAACACUGUAUCACGUUUAAUGCGAAUGGCGAAGCGGCUGACAGAUCCUGUCAUCAGACUCGACCUUACAUCUGCUUCCGUUCAGGCGAUCAUAAGACUUUGGCCAAUGAAUGCGGGACCGUAGAUCCAGAAUACAAAUUGGAUGCAAGAACAGGCUCCUGCUAUAAGUUCCACACAGUACCUCGCACGUUCAGUCGUGCACACUUCGCGUGUUCUGCUGAAGGCGGUCGUCUAGCCAUAAUCAACAGCGAUGUUGAAGCUACAGUACUGAGGGAACUCUUCGCAAAAUACCCAGGUGGAAAGAUGUUCGGAUCUUUCUGGAAAGACGUUGCCUUCAUUGGUUUCCAUGACUGGGGUGAAUCUGCUGACUGGAGAACCAUUAACGGUCAAACGUUGGUAGAAGCAGGGUACAACAAGUUUUCUGGUGGGGAGCCAAAUAAUGCCACUACAGGAGAAUCGUGUGGAUCCAUGUAUCGAAACGGUUUACUCAAUGACCUUUGGUGUGAGAAGCCUGCACCAUUCAUCUGUGAGAAAAAUCCAAGAUAUCCAGCUGUUUGUCGUAAAUCAGAACUGGAACCUGCAUUUGAUCCUGACAGCUUCUAAGAAAUAUUUUUAACCGACUUAUAUCUAUACUUCUUUAGAAAUAUUUAUGUUUAGUCGAUUCUGGUCUGAAAGUUUGAUUAAAAUAAAUUAAUGAAAUCUAUCUACACAUCAUAAUAAUAUUAUAGUCAUAACUUUUUGUACUGUUUUGUAUGGAUUGAGCUGGUAUACGAGCUAGUAGACGAAUCACUUAUUGAUGUUUUUGUAGUUUAAUAUAAACUUAAAUAAAAUUAA